UGUCCGGGUGUAACUGUGUUGAGCCUGACCAGGAAGGCCCUCUGUAGGUUCCCAGUUGUAUCAUUCCAGCAAGAUUCUUACAGCUUUCCGCGUGGCGACGAAUUCCAUUUGAAUUAAAGGGACCAACUCUGACGACAUAUCAAGAUGAUCGCAAUCUCAUGCACCUAGCGAGGCGUCUGCGUGUUACUAACUGGUAGCUGAAGAAACAGUGUGAAAAUCGAGUGAUAAAAAGACCAUCCGCUGCAAUGGAAGUCUCGCGUAUAGGGGUAAUCCUGAUCGAUCUCCAAAAGGCCUUCACCCUGGGUCAGUGGAUGCAAGCAGUUGGGCCUGGUGACGUCACACGCAUCUCGCAAGUGUUCUCCCGAUCUGCGCAUAUCGUGAAGCAUCUCCCUGAUGAUGUACCACUUCUGUUGACCCGCUGUCUGUUCAGGCGGGAACAUGACUUCGAAUUUGACUCAGAGGUCGCCAACGGUCUCCAAAACAAAACCUACACAGAGAUUAUUAAGCCUAACACAAGAAUCCUGGAUUUCGAUCCAGACGGUGUUAAAGCGUGGAUUCAAAGAAUCAGAGAAGAAAAUAUUAUAACAGUUUUGAUUGGUGGGUGCACGACAACCAGUUGCGUGAGACAGAGUUCUAUUCAACUGCAGCAGAAUUUCAGUACGAAAGGUGACCCUCGGUUCGUAGUUGAUCUAAGUAUGUGUGGUGCUCGCGACAGCAACUAUCUGAAGCGAUGUGUUACGUGUAUGGAGAAGUACUUGAGCGGUUAUGACGAGCGUUGCAAGGUCUGUGAGGAGUCUGGCGGGACGUCUCCGGUAGAUAAAGCCGUGGAAGAUAUGACGCAAGCAGGAGUCACGGUUGUAGAACAAUUUGACUGGUCGAAAUAUCUGACGAAAGAAUAAAUCACUUUUGAAAACAGUU